AUGGAGAAAGAGCCACUCCUCGCUUACCAUAGAAAACCACAAAUCACGCCGUCACUGCCACCGCCGUCACUCUGCCCUCUACCCGAACACGAUGAAAUUACCAUUCCGCCCCCGCCCAUCACCCCUACAUCAAGGGAAGUCAAGGACAUGCUGAUUUUCGGCUCCCCUUCUUCUUCUUCUUCGUCUUCUUCAAACCCCUUUUUCAAAGAUUCUUCAACAAAUCUCCUCGAAGCCCUAGCGCUCAGCCGCAUAUCCCCACUACCUUCCACAGUUAGUAUCGAAGGCGAUGGGUCGAAAUCGAAUAAUAUCGACCCGGAAAGCCAACAAGCUUGGCUGCUCGACCCCAAUUAUCCACUCUCCAAAAGCAAUCUCCACCGAUCCAAAACCGCGCCUGCCAUGGCCACAAUCAACGAAAUCGACCACUGUUCUGAUGCAAAACCUCCCCAGAUUGGUAAGACAUCGAUCGUGAGGCAAGGCAUUGUUCUAUUGAUCAUUUAUUUGAGUCUUGGUGUGGUUAUAUACUCUCUGAACGAGGAUAAUUUCAAAGCUAGCCAAACUCACCCUGUAGUUGAUGCUCUGUACUUUUGCAUUGUGACUAUGUGUACAAUUGGUUAUGGUGACAUAACUCCAGCUAGCACGGCGACUAAGUUGUUCUCCAUCACAUUUGUUCUCGUGGGUUUCGGUUUUAUCGAUAUCUUGCUGAGUGGUAUGGUUAGUUACAUGCUCGACUUGCAAGAAAGUUAUCUUUUGAAGAGUAUUAAGGGUAGGGGAGCUCGUGACCCGGGUUCUUACAUAUUUGAUGUGAAGAAAGGGAGGAUGAGGAUUCGGAUGAAAGUUGCAUUAGCUUUGGGUGUUGUGAUUCUAUGUAUUGGAGUUGGGGCUUCCGUUAUGCAUUUUAUCGAGAACUUGGAUUGGUUGGAUUCUUUCUAUCUGUCGGUUAUGUCGGUUACAACAGUUGGAUAUGGUGACAGGGCAUUCACUUCCUUGCCCGGACGAAUUUUUGCUUCUAUUUGGCUGCUCGUGUCUACACUUGCUGUUGCUAGGGCUUUUCUGUACUUGGCCGAGGCAAGAGUUGACAAGCGUCACCGAAUGAUGGCAAAAUGGGUGCUUGGCCAAGAUAUGACUGUGGCCCAGUUUCUUGCGGCUGACAUAGAUAACAAUGGUUUCGUGUCAAAAUCGGAAUAUGUUGUUUAUAAGCUCAAGGAGAUGGGCAAGGUUUCGGAAAAAGACAUCUUGCAGAUUUGUCAACAAUUUGAACGGCUCGAUUCAGGCAACUGUGGUAAAAUCACUCUUGCUGACCUUAUGGAACAUCAUCACUAA